AUGACGUGUCUCUAUCUCGAUUCACUUUUGUUCGAAAAAGCUGAUGUUGCGAACGGAAAAGCUGAUGUUGCGAACGGAAAAGCUGAUGUUGCAUUUGCAAAGUUUCUCUCUGGUUGUCUCGUGCUUGAGGAAUUAACUCUGAUGAACUUUGGGUGGGGUUAUUGGAACUCCUGCUCUGUCUCCCUCACAACCCUCAAGAGAUUAACGCUUUUUUGCCACCACAUGGAGUACAUGGAUUUGAAUCCAAUGAAUGUGACGUUUGAUACUCCUAAUCUUGUCUACCUAUCAUAUUUCGAUACUAUUGCGGAGAAGUAUCUGAAAGUCAGUUUUAAUUCGCUUAUCGAAGCUCAUAUUGGUCUUCGCCUGACAAAAGAUCAAAGUGCACAUGCAAGCCUUACAGAAGAUGGUAAGGCAAAAGAAAUGGUCGGAGACGCCACACAUUUUCUUGUGGGGAUAUGCAAUGUACUUACUUUCAGUUGUAAAGCAAUACCAGAAUUCAAGAACCUGGUUCAAUUAACGAUCGAGAGUAAUCCGAAAAUAGGAUGGGAAUCAUUGCCAGGACUGCUCAAGAAUUGUCCAAAACUAAAAACCCUUGUUAUGAAGGGUCUCGGCCACAAAUAUAACAAAGGAUGUGGGAACGUGUGCUGUUGUAACCGCCUGGAGAAUGCUCCUUCUUGUCUUUCAUCUUCUCCUGUGAAGGUGCUAAAUAUAUUUAGUACGUCUGGACACAUCUAUGACAACAGCGAGAUGGACAUAUAUCAGAUCAAGUAUUUCUUGGAGAAAAUGCCGUGUCUUGAACAGUUAGUAGUAAACUACAACACAUUUUAUGACAAUGCGGUGUUUGAAUCAUUCAAGAAGCUUGAGAAGAUUCUAAGAAUAGCUUCACCAAAAUGCAAGAUCCAAAAUGAUAAUGAAUUAUGUUGUAUAACGUGA